AUGUUCCGGCAAGAGGAUGAAACUGAGCAGGUACAUGAAGUAAGGGAUUUUAGAAGGAUCGCCAAGUUUAGCGCAAUAUUUGUAACGAUCUUGUUUUUCAUGUACUUUCUCUGGUUUAACGAUUCCUCGAACAAUGAACGUUCGCAAAACGUAAUAAAGGUGAAAACGAACGUUGAUGAAUCCACAAUAUACUACCAUAAUAAAACGUACGUGCACCCGUCGUUCAGUCUGCCGCAAAUAUCGCUAAAGUUGUUGGAUGAAACGAAUAUAUUCAUUGAAUCGUCAAGCCUAUACAACGUCGGCACGGACUACGUAUUAUCGUGGAUGUAUAAGGAGGACUUCAGAAUACAUUUCAGACCAUAUAACAAAAAGUAUGGAUUAUUAUCCAUCUCAGUAUGCAAAUCGAUGCCAAAGAAGGGUGAAGGAGAGGGAAACUAUACGUACUUUGGAUUGAUAAGAGCACAUCGCAGCGUAUGUGAAACCAAUACAUGUAAUUCGUGGACAUGCCAAAAAGACUAUGAUUAUUUUAAUAAAGCUUACGACGUAAAGUAUUGCAUAUUGGUAGUAAAAUCGAAUAGAUUGAAUGACAUAUUGCACUUCACACACGAUUUCCUAAAGGAGAAUAAGGUUCCACACACAGAGCUCAACGUUGGAAUGUUCUGUGGAAAUCCACUGAUAGCAAGGUCGGCAAAUGAUGAUAAGGAUGUGUAUUUUGUCAAUUUUAACACAAGUAGCCAGAAUAACCUGAGUCCGUUCUUCAUUUGUAAAUUCUCGACAUUAAUCAUGGAUGUCAACGAGUGUUUCAACACAGAAAUCGUGUCAACGAACCUGAACCUGCCACUCAUGCUGAUACAUGACCCUACGACGGACGUAAUCAUGACGGCAAACUAUAACCCUGAAAAUAAAAACCUGAACCUUUUGACGUUUAACUCUAACAGGCUGUCCUUCAAGGCAGCCUUUAGAUCAAUACCAGCACCAAGCGGUAAGGAAAGAGGAAAAAUAGAAGUGUGUAGGAUGGAUAAUAAACCUUGGGAAGAACUCAAAGGGGAAGGAGACUCGGCGCCUUACGAAGUUCUGGGAGUUUACGACACUGGAACGUCAAAGGAAAAGUACCAUAAUUUGUACAUAUAA